GAAAAGAUGUGCUCCAAUGGUUUAUUUAAAAUCAAGAAGGUCUACGAACUGAUACAGGAAGACGGCUCUCACUGUUGGUCCUCAGAUUAUAUAUGGCAGCCGAAGCAGUCUGCUGGGGGAGCGAUCCUUAGGAAUGGCAAAGGUACUUUCAUGGCUAGCAUUACAACCAAUCUGAACUCUACAGACAUCUUUGCAGCUGAGCUUGAAAACAUUAUCAAUGCAAUCCAGUGGGCUCAGAACAAGGUAACUACUCCUCUCAUUCUCCAUACCGAUUGCAAAGCAAUUACUGAGGCAUUAUACACGGACAGAGCUUGCAUUAGCCCAACUCUCAAAAAGUUCAAGGAUCUGGUUCAGGAGACGAAUCUUAUUGUUAAGCACGUUCAAAGAGAUU